AUGGACCAGGGUCAUUCAACAGGUACCCUGAAGCCUGAUGGGCUGAGGGAGAGAAUGGUGUCGCGCCUUGAUUCAACUGGAGGUCGCGAUGCUCUCACCUCUCGUGGGGAAGUGGAGAUCAAGGAUGCGAACGGCAAGGACAAGAAGACCUUUGGCCGCACGCCGGAUGGAAAUGUGUUUACCGUGCCGCAAACCCAUGACAUGGUCUCCCAGCUUUUGUCGCCAUCGGAACCGAAAAAUGUAUCCGAUGCGGUCGUCUUGGUGCUAUUGGUAGCUCAUAUCUCGCUCCUUUGGAUUCUUCCAUCGGCCAUCAAACUCCCAGUCUUGGCUUUCGUCUACCUAUUUUGGCGCGCGGGGUACAAUGUUGGGAUUGGAUGGCUUUUGCACAACCAGUCACACCAUAAGACCAUGAUUCGAUGGGCAGAGAAGACCAAGAUCUUUGUCAACCCAGCUACUGGGGAAAACCCACACCCCAAGCUGUACAACUGGAUCAAGUGGGAGAUGGAGACCAAGAUCCCCGAAGAUUAUUCCUUUGAGAAAGCACCCAUUGAAUACAAUACCUGGCUGAUCUUCAGGCGCUUAGUGGACGUGAUCCUGAUGUGUGACUUUACCUCUUACUGUCUCUUUGCGAUAGCAUGUGGUCACCGUCCUGUUGAUGAGAGUGCGAUCAUGACUACCCUGCGGUGGCUCGCCGGUAUUGUAUUGGUGCUGUUCAACCUCUGGGUUAAAUUAGACGCCCAUCGAGUAGUCAAGGAUUAUGCCUGGUACUGGGGAGACUUCUUUUACCUCAUCGAUCAAGAGCUGACCUUCGACGGAGUCUUCGAGAUGGCUCCACACCCCAUGUAUUCUGUCGGUUAUGCGGGUUACUACGGUAUCUCCCUCAUGGCUGCCAGCUAUAAGGUGCUGUUUAUUUCCAUCGUUGCCCAUGCAGCUCAAUUUGCGUUCCUGGUACUUGUGGAGAAUCCGCACAUCGACAAGACUUACAAUCCACCCGCACCUCGCAAGCGUUCAGUCUGUGCUGGUUCCACUACCAGUCUACCGGCUUAUUUAGAUACCCCAUCAGCGACCACUCCGAAUGCGCCAACACCGAUUGCAGCAACUCCAACGGAGGAAAUACAACCCAAUGCGCCUUUAUCGUACUCAUCUAAACCACCUUCGGUCCACAACCUUUUGGGGUUGAGCAACCUGGACCUCUUUAGAACCACGGACUCCUCGAUAAUUCUCGUUCAGCUACUUGUAUUUGCAGUGACGGCUCUGAGCCCUUCAACACCCUUGUACCAAUUUCUAUUUGUGGUCAAUGCGGUAGUCUGGCGUGUCUGGUACUCCAUAGGCAUCGGAUACCUACUUAACAACCAGUCAAGCGAUAAAGCUUGGACCAGACACUUCCUCAAGUUCGGUGAGACUCCGCUCGAAGCUUGGAACCAAUGGAAAGGCAACUAUCAUCUAAGCAUGGUCAUGUGUUACGCGAGCUUUAUUGCCGCGGUGUGGAAAAUGUAUAACCUUCCUAUCGACUGGAACACUGGUUUAGUCUUGUUCCGCCAUGUCAUCGGCGUCGGCUUGAUCAGUCUCCAACUAUGGACAUCGAUAAGCAUCUACGACUCGCUCGGCGAGUUCGGCUGGUUCUACGGUGAUUUCUUCUUCGACGAUUCCCCCAAACUCACUUACGACGGAAUCUACCGAUUCCUUAACAAUCCCGAGCGUGUCCUGGGCCUGGCAGGUGUCUGGGGUGCAGUUCUCAUCACGAACAGUGGAGUUGUCACCUUCCUAGCACUUUUGAGUCAUAUCCUCAGUCUCGCUUUCAUCCAAUUCGUGGAACGUCCUCAUAUGCAAAAGCUUUACGGCCGAAGCAUGCGCCAAGAUGGUGGUGUUGUCAAGAAUCUGAAAAAAUCGCUGCCUCCCUCGCUCAAACAACUUCAUGGUAGCGUUGACAAAAUGUUCGAUGACUCUUUCGAUUUCAUCGAGGAACUUCUCGAUAAUGCCCGUCCAAAGCUUGCGGCUGGAGUAAAUACCUUCGUGAAAGACACCACUGCCCUCUUCCAGAAGUACCCCGCUCGUGUCACCAUCUCUCGGAUUGAUGCGGACCUGGCCGGAUAUGAUAUUCGAGAAUAUUCGCUAUCAGUGGAAGGCACGGAUGGAAAAUCACUGGAAGACGACAACGAACAGGGCAAAGGCCGUGAGGGUGCUAAUGCUCGCAUGCCUCUGGACCGCCGUGGUGAUCUUAAGAAUUUGACCUUCGAGUACGGUGCCCCUAUCAAAGUCAACUGGACUGCGCCGCUCAACCACAGCAAGAAAGACUGGGUUGGCCUAUACCGUGUUACGGACAAUACUUCUCGUGAGGUCACCCGCGUCUCAUCCCAGGGUCGUUGGGUCGCAACCAAUGAGGGUUCCUAUGACAAUUUAACCUGCGAGAAGGGCAUCGUGACCAGUGACGUGGUUGUCAAGUCCUCCGAAUCAAAGAUUCAAGACAAAUAUGACCUCGCUUCCGGUGAAAUCGUCUUCUCAGGCGACAAACUGUUCUGGACCCAAGGUGCGUUUGAGCUGCGCUACCACCACAACGGCGUGCACAACGUCAUGGCCAUCUCCAGACCUUUUGAGAUCCGUAUCCGCCAUUAUGAUGAGAUAGAAUCUUUCGAUAAGGAUGGCAUUAUGCAGAGCGCCGUCGAGAAAGCUUUGUUACCUGUUGUUCGCAACUGUUUCGAUCGUGACCCUGAGGUUGCACCUGAAGCUGUUGAUGAACAGUUUGGUGGUCUUGUCGAACGAGACGGCAAAUUCGCCAAUCGGGUCGUGUUCGCUGUUCAUCAAAUGUUCGGUGUUGAGUUGGCACCUGAGGUUGUCAAGGCCGAUGGAAAUGUCUUGAAUCUCGCCUGGCGUAUUUGCAAUGCCAAAAGGGUCCUUGCGCCGUACAGCAUGUCCCGGUCCAAUGGCCGAGCAACACCUGUCUAA